AGUUAACCUCAAACUCUAGCCUCUACUUAACCCCUUUGAUAAAAUUAAUACCCCUAGAAAUCAAAUCCAUCCUCCAUUCUCCAAAAAAUACAUCUUUGGAUAUUUCUUCACCAACACUACCCUGAAAAAUGGCCGACUCAUUCGAGCUCAUUGUAACCCGAAAGGAACCUGUUGUUGUCUCUCCAGCCUCCGAAACUCCUAAAGGUCUCCAUUAUCUCUCAAAUCUCGAUCAAAACAUUGCCAUCAUCGUCAAAACAGUCUACUACUUCAAAUCAAACUUAAGAUCCAACGAGGAAUCAUAUCAAGUUAUCAAGAAGUCACUCUCCGAGGUUCUUGUUCACUACUAUCCUGCCGCCGGGAGACUCACGAUCAGCCCCGAAGGAAAGAUCGCUGUGGAUUGCACCGCAGAAGGAGUUGUCGUGGUCGAAGCUGAAGCCAAUUGUGGAAUAGAAAUGAUAAAGAAGGCUAUAACGGAGAUUGAUCGACCAGAGACUCUUGAAAAGCUGGUUUACGACGUUCCCGAUGCUCGGAGUAUUCUUGAGAUUCCUCCAGUGGUUGUUCAGAACAUUCGUUAUCAGAGAGAAAGAGAGGAAAACGCUGAAAAAGUUUGUUAUUCUUAUUCCUUAUCAACAAAAUGAAUCUGUACACAGACUUAUAUACAAUUGUCUUACUACUCUAAUUAGUAAACAAUAAAGGUAUAUACAUUGGUUAAGAUAACCAUAGUAAACCAACUAAACCAAUCUUCAUAUCUAAUACCCCCCUCAAGAUGUGCAUUGA